AUGCGGUAGGCGGGGCGAAGCACAGGGAAGUGUAUCGCUGUGUUACCAUAUCGGCUUCCGGCAGUCACGGGUGCCCGUCCCCUGUCACAGCCAGAGACCCUGCACUGAGUGCUGCUGCUGCGUGUGAGAAUGGAGGAGCCAGAUAAGGAGGUGGUGGCCACUGCUGUGCAGCGUGUGGCUGGGAUGCUGCAGAGACCAGAUCAGCUGGAUAAGGUGGAGCAGUAUCGAAGGAGAGAAGCUCGAAAAAAAGCUUCUGUGGAGGCCAGACUAAAGGCAGCCAUUCAGUCACAGCUUGAUGGGGUGAGAACUGGUUUAAACCAACUUCACAAUGCACUGAAUGAUGUAAAAGACACCCAGCAAUCUCUGGGAAAUGUCAGCAAAGACUGGAGGCAGAGCAUUAAUACUAUUGAGAGUCUGAAAGAUGUGAAAGAUGCUGUGGUUCAGCACAGUCAGCUGGCAGCUGCAGUUGAGAAUCUUAAGAAUAUUUUUUCAGUACCAGAAAUUGUAAGAGAAACACAGGAUCUUAUUGAACGUGGUGAACUUCUGCAAGCACAUCGAAAAUUGAUGGACCUGGAAUGCUCUCGAGAUGACCUUAUGUAUGAGCAGUACCGCAUGGAUAGCAAAAACACCCAUGAUAUGAAACUAAUUCAGAACUAUUUUGGAAAAAUACAACUUCUGUCUGAUGAGUUGGGCAAACAGCUAUGGAUGGUCAUACAGAGAUCCGUAACCACUGUCCGAAAGGAUCCUACCUUGCUUGUCUCAGUUGUUCGCAUCAUAGAGAGGGAAGAAAAGAUAGAUCGCCGCAUGAUGGAUAGGAAAAAACAGACUGGUUUCAUUCCACCGGGAAGACCCAAGAAGUGCAAGGAGACAAUGUUUUUGGUACUUGAAAAAACAGUUGGAACCAGAAUUGAAGGCAGUCAGGCAGACACAAGGGAGUCUGAUAAAAUGUGGCUGGUGCGCCAUUUGGAAAUUAUUCGUCGUUAUGUCCUGGAUGAUCUAAUAAUUGUUAAAAAUCUAAUGGUGCAGUGCUUUCCCCCAUCUUACAACAUUUUCAACAAAGUGCUGGAAUUGUACCACCAAGCAUUAUCUUCCCGGAUUCAGGAGUUGGCAUCAGAAGAUCUUGAAGCUAAUGAGAUAGUCAGCCUCCUUACUUGGGUUCUAAACACCUAUCAUAGUUCAGAAAUGAUGAGGAAUGCGGAACUAAUUCCUGAAGUAGAUUUAAAAUCAAUGAGUCCGCUUCUCUCUCAAAAAGUAGUGGACCAGCUUCUUCAUACGUAUAUGGCAACUCUCCAAUCAAAUAUCAUUGCUUGGCUGAGAAAAGCAUUAGAGACAGAUAAAAAGGACUGGGAUAAAAAUUCAGAACCUGAAGCUGAUCAGGACGGGUACUACCAGACCACACUACCAUCUAUUGUUUUCCAGAUGUUUGAGCAAAAUCUACAGGUGGCUGCACAGAUUAGUGAAGAAUUGAAGAAAAAAGUUUUACAUUUGUGUCUGCAACAGAUGAAUACAUUUCUCAACAGGUACAAUGAGGAAGCACAGUUGUAUAGGGAGGAGCACCUAAAGAACCGGCAGCUCCCUGCAUGCUACGUCCAGUAUGUGAUCGCCAUCAUUAACAACUGCCAGACUUUUAAGGAAUCAGUUGUGAGUCUGAAAAGAAAAUAUUUAAGUGACGAGGAUAUCGUGACAACUGGCUCUACAAAUAUGGACUCCAUAUUAGACACCAUAGCCAGUAAUGGAUGCAAAAGUCUACUUGAUGAAGUGUUCAUGGACUUAGAGCAACAUCUGAAUGACUUGAUGACCAGGAAAUGGCUUGGGGGCUCUAACGCAGUGGAUACCAUAUGUGUCACCAUAGAAGAUUAUUUUAAUGACUUUGCAAAAAUUAAAACCCAUUACAAGCAGAAAAUGACCAUUAAAGCCCACAGGAAAGUAGUGACAGAGUACAUUAAAGCAAUAAUGCAGAGGCGGAUAUGCUUCAGAAAUGCUGAAGAACGCAAAGAAGGUGCAGAGCGCAUGAUUAAGGAAGCAGAACAGUUCAAGUUUCUGUUUAAGCGUCUUACUUCUGGAUUUGGUGAAGAGACAGAUGGACUGUGUAAAACCAUUAUAGACAUUGCAGAGGUUAUAAAGCUUACAGAUCCCUCGCUUCUUUACUUAGAAGUCUCCACUUUGGUCACUAGAUAUCCAGAUCUCAGAGAUGAUCAUAUUGCAGCUCUCCUAGCAAUCAGAGGAGACGCCAGCAGGGAGAUGAAACAGACCAUCAUAGAAACUGUGGACCAGAGUCAGAGGCAACAAAGCCCGAACUACACCCCGAUAUUUAAAGACAUAAUAGUUCCUAAUCUCCCAACAUUGAGUGUGCCAAAACUCCUGAAGUAGAGUUCACCUGUAAUGUUGGAGCACUGUAUGCUUCGGUGUGAAUUGAUUUUGGGUCUUCUUGUUAGUGGAUAAAUGCACUGCAGCUCCAGGUCUUUCAGUUGUAAUGGCUCACAGUAAUGGAAGUUUGCGUGUUUUAUUUUACUUUAUUUCCGAACACAAAACCACUUCUAUUUGUAAAAUAUCACAAAGCCCCAAUCUGUUUUAUCUGAUACUGCUUAUGUAUGUUUAACCCUUUUAACAAAAUUUACCUCUCUUGAUUUCUGAAAUGUAACCACAAAGAUUGGUAAGUGCCAGACUACAGUCUAAGCACAUGCUAGAAGAGAGAUGAGCUUGUAAUUAUUCAAAGAUACCAUACCAAUAUUAAUUUUGAGCUUGUGUCGGAAAGCCACUGAUAUUAUACAUGGAUUUAGAGAGGCCAAUCCCGGGCCAUUUUUUUCAAUCCUGGGAUUCGGGAUUGAAAACCAAUCAAUUCUGGGAUCUGGGAUUGCAGUAGGGAGCAGGGAGAGUGGAUGUGGAGGGCAGUUAAGAAGGGUGUAGGGAGCAGCGCUGGAGGGUGUGUGUAGGAAGUGGUGCGGGAGGGAGGCUGUAGGCUUACGUGAUUGGCUGCCGGUCAGCCAGCUCUGAUUGGCUGGCAGGCGGCGCUAAAUUUGAAAUGCUGCCGGCUGGGCAGCCCUAUGCUAUAGUGCUCAGCGCUGCCCGGCAAAACUGCACAAUGCACAUGCGCUAUCUAAUCCCAGGAUUCAAAUCCCGGCAUUUUUGGGCCAGAAUCCUGGGAUCCUGCCGAUUCCGAUCCUGGGAUUGGCCUCCCUACAUGGACUUUCAGCAACCUACAGGGAAGUAGACAUGCUGAAUGUUUUAAAUACCCCAAUGUUUGUGUAAUAAAUGUCACUCGCUACAUAUAACAUUUGAUUUGACGUUUCAUUCUGAAAAUGCUUCAGGUAAUAUAUGUACUGUAUCUCUGGUUUAUAGCUAUAAACUUCCUUCCAUCCCCGUUCUAGGUCCUUUUCUAUCCUGUUGCUGUAGUGUGCGAUUCCACGUUACACCCAAUGCGCACGUUGGUUUUUGGUGAAUAUAUUGAGAUGCUUUAAUUUACAUCUCAUAUCUACACUCAGUUGCUUUCUCUCUGUGACGAAAAUGAAGACUGUUGCGUUGUUUUCCAAAUUUUCUGCAAUGCCAGUUUACAAUAAAUGUGCGAUUUGCCACCUUGAGGAUUUUAUAGUUUUUUGAAAAUCCUUUUACAUGGCAUUUUAGAUCCCAUUUGUGUGUGACCUAGUUUUCUGAGUCACCAGCAGGGGUGCUACUUAUCGCUUUUCAACAGCAGAUGUUUAAAAUACUAGAGUAAAUAGUAAAUAUAAUAAUAUUUGGAUCAGAAUUGAUCAGAAUAGAAUGUAAUAUUUUAGAAACAAAUGUUUAGUAUCCAUUUUUAUUACGUAGAACAGUGGUUCUCAAACUGUGUGCCGUGGCACCCUGGGGUGCCUCGGGGUACUUGCAGGGGUGCCUUGGAUUUGUGGCCUAGGACCAAUUCACAUUAUUUAUGGUCCGUGUAAUAGGCGAAACCAGUGCUGGUGGCUGCCAGUCUUAACAUAUGUGGACAAACAGAAGCAAAUCUUGUUCCUCGCCACAUAACUGAACCUAAAAUGACAUAUAAACACAAUUUACAGAAUUUCAUUUCUUUAUACAUUUCUCAAUAGAAACUUUUGGCCUAGGGGUGCCGUGAAAAAUAUGCUGAUACUCAGGGUGCUGUGAUUCAGAAAAGUUUGGGAACCACAGACCUAGAAAAUUUGCAGCAAGCGAGCAGAAUGAAGCAGAAAUACUCUGCUGAUUAGCUUCUCUUGAUGUCUCCUUUAUUCUCUCCAAUUGUCCUCAUUAGGUUUGGAAAAUCUCCCCCUUAGUAGGAAUAGAAUAUUUUACAUUUGUAACACCUUAAUAAAGUGAUAUGUAAAUGUG